AUGUCCACUGUCGAAAACGAGUGGCAGUCUUCCGGUAUACGAACGGAAGAGCACACCCCGCCACACUCGGAUUGCGACAUGACGGCUCUUCAAGUCGAAAAAGCCAGCAGCACAUACGAUCUCAAGCGACCAACGAUCAGAUCGCACAAGAGCUUCCCUUAUCUCCUCAACAACAAGUCACACAGCAAUGACUCUAGCUCACUAUCAACCGUGGAUGAAAUCGAGCCGCACGACUUGCCUACAGUAACCUUUGGCGGCUCAGCUCCAACUAGUCCGAUCUCCAGACUGACUCCACCUUCGACCAACGAUGGGAACACGGAGGAGAAGGCGGAAGAGGAGGGUGACGAUAUCAUUCUUGAUGAGAAAUACGAAGAUGUCGAUAGUGACACCAACGAGGAGGGCAAGCCGAUGACAGCUGCUGAAAUUCGAGCGGCCAAGCGCAAGAUGAAGAGGUUCAGGCUCACCCAUAACCAGACCCGCUUCCUCAUGAGCGAGUUUGCCCGUCAGGCCCAUCCAGAUGCUGCUCAUCGCGAACGUCUCUCCCGUGAGAUCCCUGGCCUCAGUCCUCGACAGGUGCAAGUGUGGUUCCAGAACCGACGAGCGAAGCUCAAGCGUCUGACUAGCGACGACCGCGAACGCAUGAUGAGAUCUCGAGCUCUUCCAGAUGACUUCGAUAUGGCACAGGCACUUCACGCUCCCUUUAGUAACUCUCACGGAUUGGGAACACCGCUUGCAUCCCCUGCUGCAUUUGGUCAAGGAUUCCCUGACAGCGCUAUGAUGCGGCCCCUCAGCAUCGACACACUACGUCGAGCGACACUUGACUCUCACAUGUCUCCCACAGGCAUAAGUCCGGCCUUUGGCGGAUUCACAUUCACACCGCCACAAUCUGCUACCGACACACUAUCGCCUGUAUCAGCUCACGACUCACCCUUUGGGUUUCCCUCCGCGCCUCUUGACACCAGCCCCAGGACAUCGAACCCAUUCUCCAUACCAGUGAGCGCGCCCACAUCGUACUCUUCCCAGCACUCCUUUCCACGUCUUGCACUUCAUGGCGACCGUAUCACCAGGACUCGCGCUGGUACACUUGACUCGCCACUUCGAACGAGCAUGAAUUACUCUCACAGCAGCGACAUGACCCAGGCAUCAAUGGACUCAAACAGCCACUCUGAUACUUCAAGUGCAUACUCCAGCUCAAUGAUGCCAUAUGGUGUUGGAUACUCCUGUAAGCCUUCUAGCAAUGUGUUGCUCGAUAACAAACUAAUCAGAUCAGACGCUCCUAUCCCUGGCUUCCAGGCGUCUAGCUCGAAUAGGAUACGCUCCUUCUCCAGCGGUGUGCCCAGGCGUAUUGAGCUGAGCACCCACUACACUCCAAGCCGGAGCGCUUCGACUCCACAAACCGCUCAAUUCCCGUCAUACUCCAGCGCUCCGCUUGCCACACCGGUCUCUUACGGCAUGCCCCAAUUGAGCGCGCCACACAAUCUCUCCACGUUCUCCAACUCUUAUCUGCGCAGCGAUUCUACCAACGACCACUAUUCUGGCGUAAGCUCUUCACUUCGAGAUAUGCUGGAGCAUUCCGAUCACGGGAACGACCAUCACAGCUACUGA